AUGGCUGGUUGUCUGCAAAGAGGAAGGCUGAGUGCAGCAGGAGCAACUAUGAAGUGCCUGUUUAUAUUGCUUUCAUUAGGAUGUUAUCUAUCUAAAGUGGAUGCAGAUCCUUUUGACGUGUCUUUCCAUCAUAGGCACCAACCUGGACCUACUGCUGAAACAAUAUUGGUAGCCAACAAUGGGAUUAGAGUUCCCUUUGGACGCUCUGUUUAUAUGGACGCUAUCAAUGACCUUGUGACUGAAGUGCAUGCAGGAGACCGCUGUCAUAUUACAGUCCUGGACAAUGACCCACUGGCCCAAAGACCUGGAAUGCUUACACCCAAGAAGUUCCCCUGCGCUUUUGGAGCAGAAGAGGUCAAAUAUACUCACUUUGGUUCCCGGAGUCCAAGCAAAGACCACAUAAAACUACAGCUGAGGUAUGACUCCCACAUAGACACAGUGGUGGUUCCUUUCAUUCUUGAAGUAGAAGUGGUCUUUCAGCAGCUGGAGAUUCUCACUCGUAACAUGCCUCUGGUUGUGGACAAGCUAAAUGGGCUAAGCAACCCAAUUGACAAGAAAACGUUGGAGUUUGCGUUUGAAGAUGGUGUCACUACAUGUAAGGUGACCACACUGGUUGGUGCAGGCAAACUUCCCAGGUAUGGUAGUCUUACUGAUAACUCUGUUAAUGGCCAGAUGAUUAAUUGUGAUGAUUUUGUCAAGAAGAGAAUUCAGUAUCAGCACACAGCAACCACCAACUCUCCUAACAGAGACUAUAUUCCAAUGCUAGUGGAAGUACAAGAUAAUGAUGGAAAUACUAUUCAACAGGAACAUUUCCAGAUAAUGGUUAGAAUCAAAGAGGGUACUGAAAAUACACCACCAAAGCCUAGCUUUAUAUCUAUGAUGAUGAUGGAGAUUGACCAAUUUGUGAUGACAGCCAUUACUUCAGAUAUGCUGGCAGCUGAGGAUAUUGAAUCUGAUUCUGAUGAAUUAAUUUUUAACAUAACAUCUCCCCUGGGCUAUCAGCAGGGUUAUAUAAUCAGCACAGAUGAUCAAAACCAGCCAAUCACAUCUUUCCAUCAGAGAGAUAUUAAAGACCUGAAGAUCGCUUACAAGCCUCCCUCUGAGGAUUCAGAUGUAGAAAGAAUUUUCCAGAUUGAAUUAGAAAUUGUUGACACUGAUGGUGCUGUUUCUGAUCAUUUUGCAUUCAUGAUUGUUGUGAAGCCAAUGAACACUUUAGCUCCAGUGGUAACCAAAAAUACAGGACAAUUGCUGUUUGAGGGUCAAUCAAGACCACUAUCCAGCUUACAAAAUUUAGAGAUCAGCGAUGAGGAUAAUCUUGAUCAUGUGAAGAUUACAGUUGUUGAUGGCUUAAAACAUGGAGACCUGACAGUGCUAGGGUCUCAAAGAAAAUUUUUCACACCAGCUGAUCUAGAUGCUGGCAUUGUUGUGUACCAGCAUGAUGGAAGUGAUACCUACAGUGACAAUAUUAUAUUCAGAAUGACUGAUGGCAGUAAUGAAGUAGAGUUUUUAUUCCCCAUCACAAUUGCCCCCACUGAUGAUGAACCCCCCAUUAUAAAUGCAAACACCGGUAUCGUGCUUUUCAAGAAUGAAGUGAUGCAAAUCUCACCUUUUAUCUUGAGUGCCACAGACAUUGACUCAGAGGAUUCAACAAUUAAAUUCAUACUAGAAGAGUCAUACUCAGACAUCGGUGAGCUACUCCUCAAGCAGGUGGAGCCUCCUCUGGAUCCAUCUGCGUGGAAAUUUAGUGCAACAGAUGAGAUGUUUGAACAGGUGGUGACAGAAUGGUUUCAGCAGGAUAUUCUGGACGGGAAGCUGUUCUAUCGUCAUAAAGGACCUCAUAGUACCACAACUGUGAUUGACCAGUUUGUCUUCAGAGUCCUGGAUGACAAUGACCCACCAAAUCAAUCAGGAGAGCACACAUUCACCAUUAAAAUACAUCCGGUGGAUGACAUUCCUCCAGAACUUUACCCUGGUACCACAUUACACAUGGAAGUCAAAGAAUAUGAGCUGACAUUUUUUAAGAAAAAAUAUCUACGUUACACCGAUCUGGACUGUGAUGACAGGGAUCUUAAGUACACUGUCAUCAAACCUCCUACUGACACAGAUGAAAACAACCCUGUUCCUCUUGGUGCCGUUGUGCUAACUGAUAGCCCUGACAUCACAAUCAGAGAGUUUACGCAAGCUCAGGUCAACCACCACAAAGUGGCAUACAAACCCCCAGUCCAAGAGCUCGGUAUUACUCCCAAAGUGGUCCAGUUUACAUUCAGCGUGGAAGACACUGCUAGUAAUUCAGUUGAUGGACUGUUUACAAUCUUUUUACAGCCUGUUGACAACAAACCCCCUGUAAUUACUAACACUGGUUUCACUGUUCUGGAGCGAAAUACUUAUAUAAUAACCAAAAAUGAACUGGAUGCCUCUGACCAGGACACUGAGGAUGAGAACAUUAAAUUUACAGUGACACAGAUUCCCAGGUUUGGGCAGCUGCAAUAUUUAGGAAUUGGCAUGUCUAAUGGCCAAACAUUUGUGUUGGAGGACAUUGAAAACAGCCGACUGGCCUACAUCCACAGUGGUGAAGAAUCUCUUCAUGAUGUCAUUAAGCUGGACAUUAGUGAUGGGUUCCAUGAAGUCUCAAUUGCUGUCAAGAUCAGCAUCAAGCCGGUCGAUGAUGAAACUCCAAAAAUUAUGUUACCGGCCGGAUUGUUAGGGGCGUCAAUUGAUGUACUUGAGAAUGGUGUAACAGAGAUCACCAGUAAUGUUAUCCAGGGUCGUGACGAAGACACAGAUGACCUCAUGCUGACUUUCAUAGUUGAGGAGCCUCCUAGGCUAGGAGAAAUAUUGGUGAAUGGAGCUCCAGCUGAGCGCUUCACCCAGCAAGACAUAAUCAAUGGUGUGGUUGUCUAUGUUCACACUAGCGGUGAAAUUGGUCCAAUCAAAGAGCAUGAUUCCUUCAAUCUUACCAUAUCUGACAUGUCAGAUGAAUGGGUUGUUGGUGGCAACAAAGUCCAAGGGGUCCGUGUUCACGUCACCAUUCUCCCUGUAGACAGCAUCCCACCUGUAGUUAGUGUGGGUGGCCAGUUUGUAGUAAUUGAGGGUGAGAAAAAUGUUAUCACAUUAGAGCACAUUCAAGCUGAGGACAUUGACACUGAUAAUGAUGAUAUAUUGUGUACUAUUAUCGUUCAGUCCACAUCUGGCUAUGUGGAGAACAUCUCCCCAGCUCCUGGGUCUGAAAAAUCCAGAGCAGGCACUGCCAUCACUGCGUUCACCAUUAAAGAUGCUGGUCUAGGUCACAUCUAUUAUGUCCAAAGCAUUCACAAGGGUGUGGAGCCAGUGGAGGACAGAUUCACUUUCCGCUGCUCCGAUGGCAUUAACUUUUCAGAAAGGCACUUUUUCCCCAUUGUCAUCAUCCCAGCCAAUGAUGAAAAGCCAGAGAUUUUCAUUCGUGAGUUUGUUGUCAUGGAGGGGAUGAGCUUGGUUAUUGACACUACUAUUUUGAAUGCUGCUGAUGCAGACAUCCCAAACAAUGAAUUAAUUUUUGAAAUACUUAAAAACCCAAAACAUGGAAACAUAGUUCAGCAGUUGAGCACUGGAACAGUUCCAGUGGUAAAAUUUACAUUAGAUCAGAUCAAGGAGGCUUCCAAUAUUGUUUAUGAGCAUGAUGACUCUGAAACCAAGGAAGACAGUUUUGAAAUUCGACUCACUGAUGGGAAGCACACAGUUGAGGAGAAGGUCAUUAUAAUGGUCAUUCCUGUUGAUGAUGAAACCCCAAGAAUGGCCAUCAAUGAUGGCCUGGAAGUAGAAAUUGGAGAAACCAAAGUAAUAAGUAACAGAGUCCUGAAGGCCACAGAUCUAGAUUCUGAAGACAAAGAACUUACUUACAUUAUCCGCUACGGCCCUGGUCAAGGCUAUCUUCAGAGAAUUACCAAACAUGGACUUGUCAUUGGCAACAUUAGCAUCGGAAUGAAUUUCACUCAAGAUGAACUUGACAAACAGUUGAUUCAGUAUGUUCACACAGGCCAGGAGGGUGUCCGUGACUUGUUAAAGUUUGAUGUAACUGAUGGAAUCAAUCCCCUCAUUGAUCGCUACUUCUACAUUAAUAUUGGCAGCAUGGACAUGGUCUUCCCUGAUGUUAUCAACAAAGGUGUGACCCUCAAAGAGGAAGGUAAGGUCACCUUGACCACAGACCUUCUCAGCACAACUGACAUCAACAGUCCAGAUGAAUAUCUAAGUUUCAGCAUCACUCGUGCUCCUAGCAGGGGCCAUCUUGAAAGUACCGAUCUCCCAGGGGUGCCCAUCUCCACCUUCACUCAGCUGCAGCUAGCUGGCAACAAGAUCUACUAUAUCCAUACAUCUGAUGAUGAAGUGAAGAUGGACAGCUUUGAGUUUGAGGUGACAGAUGGCUACAACCCUGUCUUCCGCACCUUUCGUGUAUCCAUUACAGAUGUCGACAACAAGAAGCCAGUCUUGACGACCAACAAGUUGGCGUUGGGGGAGGGAGAAACCAAGCUGAUCACACCCUUUGAAUUGACAGUAGAGGACCGUGACACACCAGACAACCUGUUGAGAUUUGUAGUGACUCAAGUGCCAGUUCACGGUCAGCUUCUGUUCAAUGGAACGCAAGUCAUUACAUCCUUUACCAAGCAGGACCUAAAUGAAAACCUUAUAACUUAUAGGCAUGAUGGCACAGAGACAAAUGAAGACAGCUUUUCUUUCACAGUUACUGAUGGGACUCACACUGAAUUUUAUGUUUUCCCUGAUACUGUAUAUGAAACUCGUAAGCCUCAGGUGAUGACUAUUCACAUCACCACGGUGGACAAUGGGGUGCCUCAAAUCGUUGUAAACAAAGCAGCACCCACACUUAGGGUUCUUCAUACUGCGCACCUUGGAUUUUUGAUUACCAGCAAAGCUCUAAAGGCUGAGGACAGAGACAGCCCAAACAAAGUGCUUAAGUAUGUUGUAACUGAGACUCCUCUUCAUGGCUUUAUCAUGAAUUCUGCUUUGGGCAAUGAUAGCAUCAAGUCAUUUUCACAGGCGGAUAUUGAUGACAUGAAGAUUUGCUAUGUGCUUCUUGAUGGUUCCAAUGCCACAAGUGACAUAUUCUACUUCACAGUGGAAGACAAUGGGGGCAACAAACUGAAACCACAACCAUUCCGUCUGAAUUGGGCCUGGAUAUCUCUAGAAAGGGAAUACUACAUUGUGGAUGAGGAUGCAAAGUUUCUGGAGGUCACCCUCAAACGCCGGGGAUACUUGGGAGAGACAUCAUUUGUCAGUAUUGCCACCAAAGAUGGUACAGCAAAACAGGACAAAGACUUCCGCGGCAAAGCUCAGAAACAGGUCCAGUUUAACCCUGGCCAGACAUCCGCCACCUGGAGGGUGAAGAUAUUCACCGACCAAGAGUUUGAAACUUCAGAGAUGUUUGAAAUCCAGCUUUCAGAGCCAGUGAUGGCUGUUCUUGAAUACCCUGAUAUAGCCACUGUGGAGAUUGUAGAUCCUGGUGAUGAGUCCACAGUGUUCUUCCCUCAAGCAGAAUAUCGUAUAGAAGAGGAUAUAGGAGAAAUACUGUUGGAAAGGACACCUCUUGGCUUCUGUGUUGCUGAAGAGCCAUCUUUCUAUUUUGGAGAGACUGAAUACAUGGGGGAUGAGAGUGAUGGUUAUGUGGAGGUGAAAGUGUGGAGAACUGGAACUGACCUUUCAAAGACAGCCACCGUCACAGUCCGUUCCAGGAAGAGUGACCCUGUUUCAGCAGAAGCGGGUCUAGAUUAUGUGGGAAUCAGCCGUAACUUGGAUUUUGCUCCAGGUGUGACCAUGCAAACUUUUCGUGUGACUGUUCUCGAUGACCUUGGCCAGCCAGAGCUGGAGGGACCAGAGACAUUUGAGUUGGUGCUGCGUAUGCCCAUGAACGCAGUCCUUGGAGAACCUAGCAAAACUGUCAUCACCAUCAAUGACACUAUCACAGACAUGCCCAAAGUCGAGUUUAGGGAGGCAGAGUACAAAGUGGAUGAGGCUGAUGGAGAGGUGAAGGCAAUGGUGUACCGCAGUGGCGACAUCAGUCAGAGGUCCACAGUCCACUGUUACACUCGCCAGGGAUCUGCCCAGGUCAUGAUGGACUAUAAUGAACGACCCAAUACUGACGCGUCUAUCAUUGUGUUCCUACCAGGGGAGAUCGAGAAGCCAUGUGUAGUGACUUUAGUGGAUGACACGAUUCAUGAAGAGGAUGAGGAGUUCCGUUUGGUUUUGGGCACAGCUAAGAGCAAAUCACCAUAUGGAGCUGCAGUAGGGGAACAAAAAGAAGCUCUGGUCACCAUCACUGACCAUAAGGAUAAGUCCAUCAUCAGGUUUGCUGAGAUCAAAUACAGUGUUAGAGAGCCACAACUUCCUGGAGAGAUUGCUGUAGUGAAGAUUCCUGUCCUACGUCAGGGCGACACCUCCAAGGUCUCUGUGGUGAGAAUUCACACCAAGGAUGGCUCUGCGACGUCAGGAGAGGACUACAAUCCCCUUUCUCAAGAUGUGGAGUUUAAAGAGGGUGAGACAGAGCAUGUGGUGGAGAUCCAGGUUCUCUAUGAUGGACAAAGAGAGAUUCGUGAGGCUUUCACAGUACACAUGAAGCCUGACGAGUAUAUGGUGGCUGAGACACAGAUGAAUAAGGCUAUUGUGUACAUCGAAGAGAUGAAUAGUGUGGCUGAUGUCACAUUCCCAGCAGUGCCUCAAGUGGUGUCAUUGCUGCUGUAUGAUGAUACAAUUAGGGCCAAGGACAAUCCCCACCCUCCAACCGGCUAUCCUGUUGUGUGUGUUACGGCCUGCAACCCCAAAUACUUUGACUUUGACAAGACUGGCUCCAUUUGCUCGGUGGAGAACAUCAAUGACACAAUGACUCAGUACCGCUGGAUGGUUAGUGCCCCUAGUGGACCGGAUGGAGUCACCAGCCCCAUGCGAGAAGUGGACACCAACACCUUCUUCACUAACACCAAGUCCAUCAGCUUGGACUCCAUCUACUUUCAGUCUGGUUCCCGCGUACAGUGUGCCGCCCGAGCCUUCAAUGCCAAUGGAGAUGCUGGGCUGGAGCUUAGUUCACCCAUUGUGGUCAUCAGCCGAGAGGAGGGCCUGUGUCAGCCUCGUAUACCUGGCACAGUGGGCGCUGAACCGUUCUCUGCUAAAAUCCGUUACACCGGCCCGGAUGACCCGGACUACCCCAAUUUGAUCAAACUCACUGUUACCAUGCCGCACAUGGAUGGCAUGCUGCCUGUUAUCUCCACACGUCCCCUUUCAAACUUUGAGCUAACCCUUAGUCCAGAUGGCACACGAGUAGGUAACCACCGCUGCUCUAACCUCUUGGAUUUCAACGAGAUCCAAACAGCACAUGGUUUCAUCACUGACGCCACAAAGAACCCAGAAAUUAUUGGUGAGACUUUACCGUACCAGUACAGCAUGGCCAUGCGUAGCACCAAUUCCCUUCGAUUCUACCGCAAUCUUAACCAGGAGGCAUGCCUGUGGGAGUUCAGUAGCUACUACGACAUGUCAGAGCUGCUGAAUGACUGUGGGGGAUCCAUUGGCACAGAUGGACAGGUGCUGAAUCUGGUUCAGUCCUAUGUAACCCUGCGGGUGGCUCUGUUUGUGUCCUAUGUCUUCCACUCUCCGGUUGCGGUUGGCGGCUGGCAACAUUUUGACCUACAGUCUGAGCUGCGGCUCACCUUUGUGUAUGACACUGCCAUCUUAUGGCAAGAUGGUAUUGGAAGCCCACCAGAAGCUGAGCUGCAAGGUGCCAUGUAUCCCACCAGCAUGAGAAUAAACGAUGAAGGCCGUCUUGUUGUCAACUUCAAGACUGAGGCUCGAUUUAGGGGACAGUUUGUCAUGACUCACCCAGGUAACCUAAAAUACACUGACAUAGGAACCACUUUGUCCUCAAUGGUCAUGUCAGCGGACCAUGCUGGACUCACAUUCACUCUAUCCCUGAUCAGAACUGAGCCCACUUACAACCAGCCCAUGCAGCAAUGGAGCUUCGUUUCUGACUUUGCUGUAAGGGACUAUUCCGGCACCUACACUGUGAAGCUGAUUCCAUGCAUUGCUUCACCUAACGGGGAGUUCAGCAUACCCCCUGUGUGUCACCCGAGGGAGCCCCUCACCUUCGACAUGGACAUCCGCUUCCAGCAGGUGAGUGACCCUGUAGCAGCAGAGUUUAGUUUGAACACACAGAUGUUCCUGCUGUCUAAGAAGGAGCUGUGGCUGUCUGAUGGCUCAAUGGGCUUUGGAGAGGGCACAGACACUGCCUUCAUGGAAGAUUCGAACAUCUAUGGUCGUGUGAUGGUGGACCCAGUGCAAAACCUGGGUGACUCUUUCUCCUGCAGCAUAGAGAAAGUGUUCCUUUGUACUGGCACAGACGGCUACGUGCCAAAGUACAAUCCUACCAAUAAAGAGUAUGGAUGCCUGGCUGAUGCUCCAUCCUUGCUCUAUAGACUCAAGAUCCUGGACAAAGCUCAGCCAGAAACUCAAGCCACCACCUUUGGAAAUGUCAAGUUCGAUGCCAGUGUUGCUUUAGAUACCCCUGGAGCCUUGCCUUUGGUCCGACAACCUGGAUCUGAUGGUUUCACCCUGUCAUCAUCUCCCCUCUUCCAGGUUGCUGCUGGCCGUGAAUGGUUCAUCCAUGCCAUCUACACACUCCGUUCUAGAGAGAACACCAGCCGUGGUAAACGAAGCCUUGAGUACCACCACGCUAUAUCCUCCAUUGCUGACUCUGGCACCAAAUCCCGAAGUCGACGUGCAGUGCCUGACCCAGAAGCUUUCGAGAUCAGUGCUGAGAAUAACCGAGGCACCAACAUUCAGCACAUCGCCCUGGAUCGCUCAAACAGACUCCGGGUGAGUCAGCCAUGGGGUCGUGAGAACUACCUGGAGCACCCUCUGGUGGAGGGGAGCCUGGGUAAGGGGCCUGGUUCAGAUUCCUCUCUUCCCACUGGCAUGUCCACAUUGCUGGGGGUGGCUGGACUCAUCCUGCUGGUAUGCCUGGUUGUAGUUCUGGUGGUUCUCUUGAUGCAACGCAAGAGGAAAGAGAAAAAGUACCCACCUUAUUCCACUUCGUCCUGCACAGCGUACAACGGGGAGCCCAUGAGACACAACAUGGACAGCUCUGAGGUUUAAACCACCCCUGUUCAUUAAGACAUGCCAAAACUAACUCUCACCAUGGUGCUCUUCUUCCCAAGAAGCAGCUGAAGUCGAGGAGGCAGAAAGAUUCUGAGUUACAAAGCCUCAGUUCAAAUUUCAACAUCCAAAUGUAGCGCUCCACAGCUUCAAUGAAGAUAUCUUGACUCCAAGACUUAAUUUUACUUGGUCAAACAAAAGGAAGUUGCUUGUUGCCUUUCUCUUAAGAUUAUGUUUGAGCUUCGUAGAACUAAUGUUAUUUUAGCAUGCUUCCAUCGGUAGAUCUGUGAACCAGAAUUGGCCACAGUGAACCUGCUCAGACAAACAGAGCGAAUCUGUGCUUCAGCUUGUGACAAACUCUUAAUAUCUGCAAAUGUAACAAGCAUUGCUCCAUUAUGGAUAAAUUAACUUAUUUUUUCCCCCCAAGUUCAAAAAAGUUCCACUGUAAAUAAAAAUAAGGUCAAUUCACCUUGGCAUGAAUGCAUAUGCUGGGCAUCAAAAGCCUCAUUUAGUUACCUUGGCAAUUUGAACUUGUUCAAGAUCAUUGGGCUUUUUUUUUUUUUUAAUUAGUUGAUUUUAUUUUCUUUCAAUAUGUAACAGU